ACCGACUCCAAACAAACUGAGAACACACCGGAAAUCCCUCUGAACCUCUUUUAUAGUCUACACUCUGAACAGGCCUGUCCACAGAACAACAAAGUGUGGGAUAUUCAGGCUUUGGCUUUAAAAUGAGCUCACCUUUGUCGAUGCUAAAGAAAACCAAACGCACUCCACUGCAGGGCCUUCACAAUGAGCAAUGGAGCAAACAAAAAGUAUCUUUCAGGAGGAAUCUGCUAAAAGAAAUUCAAGCUGAAUUGGUUGAUGAAUCGUCUGAUCACUCUCAAACUCCGGCCUUCGAAGCUGUCCCCUCAAACUCCGGAGCUCCAUUAAAGAAAGGGUCUCCUCCGAGCAACUUUGAGCUCAUGUCUGCCAUGAUGCAACGAGUGACACUCCUAGAGGAAAUGGUGAAGAGCCAGGCACGAGAGAUAGAGCACAAGGAUAAACAGAUUUCAGAUUUAGAGAAGCUGAGCAUUUGGGAGAAAUCAGGAAGCACAUGUGGCCCGAGGAGCAGAGAUGAUCUUGAAAGAAGGUGCCAACAACUGCAAAAUCAAGUGCAUGAGAUGGAGAACUUUCUGAAUGACUAUGGAUUGAUCUGGGUGGGUGAUAAGGUGACCGGUGAUCCUGCACAGCAAGAAAUGUCCGGUGGCCGGGGCUUCGACAUGAACUUUGACCUUGUGCUGCAGAGGAUCAGAGAGCUGAACAUCUUCGCAGGGGAAGGAGAGUCUUUCGUGCAAACGACAGCAACAGGAGCACAGCUCGCAACAAAGGAUCCCAUUCCACUGAGGCUCUACAGGAAUGGCAUUGUCAUGUUUGAUGGUCCUUUCCGCUCAUAUCAGGAGCACAGCACCCAGCAGUGCAUGCAAGAUCUGAUGGAUGGCUAUUUUCCAUCUGAGCUUCAAGAAAGAUUUCCAGAUGGCGUACCGUUUGAGGUUCAUGACAGGCGAGAUGAGGAAUUCAUAUUCAGGCUCCCAUGGGAAACAUUUCCUGGUGAAGGACAGACCCUUUGUGGGGAGAAAGCUGGGUCAGCGAGCGCACUCAGCUCUCACUUACCCGGCAAGAAGCUGACCACGGAGCAGUUCCUGAACAAGCUGCCGAAGUUUUUGGUGAAGGCCGGCCGAGUGAUUGACAUCAGGAACUCGCUGAGAGCAACGCUGCAGGGCUCAUCUGAUGCGCAGAGCACCAGCUCAGUGACCCUCAUAGAUACACCAUCACUGCAAGCGAUUACUGAGGGACCGCAGGCUUUCAGCGCCGACCAGCCACCCUCCGCCCGUCAUGUCAUCACUCUCAAGGUGAAGUCAGAAGACGGGGAUCACACUUACACAGUGAAAAUGUGCCUGUCAGAAACAGUCGGUGACCUGCGGAAGUAUCUGGACAGACACAGAGGGGGUCGUGUGCCCAGUUAUGACAUCAUCUGCGCAUACCCGCACUGCAGCUUUGAUGAUGAUGGCCAGACGCUGCAAUCUUGCGGACUGGCAACAAAUACCACUCUGCUGCUGCGACGGAGGAAACACAGUCCUUCACUGGUUGAAGUCAAUAAAGCUGUUCAAGUGACGAGAUCUCAAUCCAGUAGAGCACCUCUGGGCAUUCACAUCACAGACGUGCAUCUGACGAAUCUGCAGGAUUUGUGUGAUGAUGUCAGUAUGGACCAGACUUACUUGAAUAAUUUUGUGUGCAACAUGACACAGCCUGUUGUGGGAGUAAGACACAAGCUGGACUGA